UCUAAAAACUGGAGCAGUCUUAACUACAAAUCCCAGGAUGCAUUAUUGGGUACAUGACUUCCUUCUGCACAAAGGUCUUAAGUUUGUUGUGCGCAGUGCAGUGUGAUUUGGAGGACGCCAUCACUUUGCCGCUCUAAAGUUCAAUUAUGGGUCGACUUGAUGGGAAGGUCAUCAUCCUGACAGCCGCUGCUCAGGGGAUCGGCCGGGCAGCUGCCUUGGCUUUUGCAAGAGAAGGUGCCAAAGUCAUAGCCACAGAUAUCAAUGAGUCCAAACUUCAGGAACUGGAAAACUACCCAGGUAUUCAAACUCGGGUCCUUGAUGUCACAAAGAAGAAACAAAUUGAUGAGUUCGCCAAUGACAUUGAGAGGCUUGAUGUUCUCUUUAAUGUUGCUGGUUUCGUCCAUCACGGAACCAUCCUGGACUGUGAGGAGAAAGACUGGGACUUCUCAAUGAAUCUCAACGUCCGCAGCAUGUACCUGAUGAUCAAGGCAUUUCUUCCUAAAAUGCUUGCUCAGAAAUCUGGCAACAUUAUCAACAUGUCCUCUGUGGCUUCCAGCAUCAAAGGAGUUGUGAACAGGUGUGUGUACAGUGCAACCAAGGCAGCUGUAAUUGGCCUCACAAAGUCCGUGGCUGCAGACUUCAUCCAGCAAGGCAUUCGGUGCAACUGUGUGUGUCCAGGUACCGUUGAUACCCCCUCUCUGCAAGAAAGAAUACAAGCUAGACCAAAUCCUGAAGAGGCACUGAGCGAUUUUCUAAAGAGACAGAAAACAGGAAGAUUUGCAACCGCAGAAGAAGUAGCCCUGCUCUGCGUGUACUUGGCCUCUGAUGAAUCUGCCUACGUAACAGGUAAUCCUGUUGUCAUUGAUGGAGGCUGGAGCUUGUGAUUUCAGGAUCUCCUUGCCUGGGAAGGCAGUCACUUCCUGUCCACAGUGAACCGGUUAUGAAGAACAGUCACCCAUCCUCUCUGCUAUCAAUGGCAUAUUAAUGAAAACAAGACCUUUUUGAGGAUGUCGUUGCUCAGAGAAUUCUGAUUCUUUAAAUAUAUUACUCUCUUUCUAAUCUCUUCGGAAAUCAUUGUAUCUACAAUCUAGGUGGGAUAAUGAACUUACUGCAAAAAGAAUAUUUUAAAAAUAAAUUUCAAUUUGUAAGCAUAUACAAUUAAGAUGUGAAUAUGAAGAAAAAAGGAAUUUUUUAAAGUAUUCUUUUUUUAGUGAUUUUUAUUUUUUCCAUUGUAGUUUGUUUACAGUGUUCUAUCAGUUUUCUACUGUACAGCAAAGUGACCCAGUCGCACACACACACACACACACACACACAUAUAUAUGUAUAUAUAUAUAUAUACAUUCUUUUUCUCACAUUAUCCUCCAUCAUGUUCCAUCAUAAGUACCUAGAUAUAGUUCCCUGUGCUAUACAGCAGGAUCUCAUUGCUUAUCCACUCUAAAUGCAAUAGUUUGCAUCUUUUAACCCCAGACUCUCAGUGCAUCCCACUCCCUCCUCCUCCCCCUCAGCAACCACAAGUCUGUUCUCCAACUCCAUGAGUUUCUUUUCUGUGGGAAGGUUCAUUUGUGCGGUAUAUUACAUUCCAGCUAGUUUCCAAUACUCAAAUAUUUUUGUACAAUUUUGCAUUGGUAUGUAUGUGGAUACUAAUUUUUAAAUUUUACACCACUAUAAAUGAACACCAGGAGUUCCCACUGUGCAGCAGGUUAAGGAUCCCACAUUGUCUCUGUGACAGUGUGGGUUCAGUCUUCAGCCUGGCCCAGUGGGUUAAGGAUGUAACCUUGCUGCAGCAUAGGUCACAGCUGUGGUUUGGAUUCAAUCCCUGGCCCAGAAACUUCCAUAUGUCAUGGGUGUGGUCAUAAAAAAAAAUAAUAAUAAUAAUAAAAAUAGGAGUUCCCAUUAUGGCUCAGGGGGUCAAGAACUCAACUAGUAUCCAUGACAAUUCAGAUUUAAUCCCUGGCCUCGCUCAAUGGGUUAAGAAUCCAGUGUUGCCAUGUAGGUCAAGGAUGCAGCUCAGAUCUGACAUUGCUGUGGCUGUGGUAUAGGCUGGUGGCUGAAGCUGAGAUUGGACCCCUAGCUUGGGAACUUCCAUAUGCUUUUGGUGCAGCCCUAAAAAAGACAUUCGAAUAAUAAUAACUUUUUUAAAAAAUGAACACCCAAGGCAGGAAGGUGCUUGGUUUCAAUAACUUACAUUAAAAGGAAUUUAGAUUCAGAACUAUUGUUGAUCUGUUAUAUAAAAGAAAUAUAAUCAUCAGAUGUUUAUACUUAAUGUAUGUCAUCACUUAUAACCAAGUACUAUUUUGUUAGUCUAAAAAAUCUGUAUUAAAAUAAGCAAUAUUUGACAUGGGCAUAAUAAACAUAGUUAACUAAACUGCAGUAUUGUCAGUUUGAGAGAUACUUUACAGACUAAGUAUAGAUUUCUUCAUCAAAUUCCAAGAUAACAGGCAAGAGAACAUGAAAUUUAGAAAUAAUCUCUGGAUAAGUAAACAGAAAUGAAUUAUAUAACAAGAAACAAGAGUUUCAAUAAAAACUUUAAAUUCAUAGAUGAUAAUUCUAGACUCAGAAUCAGAAAAUUAUCUAUAACAGAUUACUAGGGAGAAGGUUUUUCUUUUUGUUUUAGGGUUUUAUGUUUGCUUUUUCUUUGUUGUUACCUCAAAAGACCAAGUGACUUAAUGCACAUAUAGAUAAUAAAUGAGCAGUUCCUCAA